CGGCCACGGCAACGGCAACGGCGGCGGGUGCGGGGGGCGCUCGGCGGGAUGGGGGGACACGGGGACAGCUACUACGGCAAACACGGAACGCCACAGAAAUAUGACCCGACUUUCAAAGGGCCCAUCUAUGACAGGGGCUGCACCGACAUCAUCUGCUGCGUCCUGCUGGUGGUGGCCAUCGUGGGCUACGUCGUGGUCGGCGUCGUGGCCUGGACCCACGGGGACCCGCGCAAGGUGAUCCACCCCACGGACAGCCGCGGGCAGUUCUGCGGGCAGCCGGGGACCCCCAACGAGAAAAAACCUUUCCUUUUUUACUUUGACAUCGUCAAGUGCGCGAGCCCGCUGGUGCUGCUGGAGUUCCAGUGCCCGACCACGCAGAUCUGUGUCAGCAAGUGCCCAGACCGGUACCUGACGUACCUGACGGCCUCGGGGAACCCCGCCUCGCUGGAGUAUUACCGCAGUUUCUGCACCCCCGAGUACAAGGGCACGCAGAAGGCUGCCCUCAACGUGCUGAAGGACAGGGAGUGUCCGGCCAUGCUCAUUCCCAGCACCCCACUGGCGCGGAGGUGCUUCCCGGCCAUCCAGGCCAAGAAGGGCGUCAUCAUGGUGGGCAACAAGACGACCUACGAGGACGGCUGGGGGAACCACAGGAACGUCACCGAGCUGCUGGAAGGGGCCAAGAAAGCCAACGUGGUGCUGGAGACGCGGCAGCUGGCCAUGAAGAUCUUCGAGGAUUACACGGUGUCCUGGUACUGGAUCAUCAUAGGCCUCGUCAUUGCCAUGGUGGCCAGCCUCAUCUUCAUCGUGCUGCUGCGCUUCCUGGCAGGGAUCAUGGUGUGGGUGAUGAUCGUGAUGGUGAUCCUGGUGCUGGGAUACGGAAUCUUCCACUGCUACAUGGAAUACGCCAAGUUAAAAGGGGAAGCAGGGUCGGAUAUGUCCCUGACAGACCUGGGCUUCCAGACCGACCUCCGCGUGUACCUGCACCUGCGGCAGACGUGGCUGGCGUUCCUGAUCAUCCUGUGCGUGCUGGAGCUGGUGAUCGUCCUGCUGCUCAUCUUCCUGCGCAAGAGGAUCCUCAUCGCCAUCGCGCUCAUCAAGGAGGCCAGCAGGGCCGUCGGUCACGUCAUGUCGUCGCUGCUGUUCCCCCUGUGCACCUUCUUCUUGCUGUGCCUCUGCAUCGCCUACUGGGCCAGCACUGCCGUCUUCCUGUCCACCUCCAACGAGGCCGUUUACAAGGUGUUCAACGAGUCCGCGUGCCCGUUCGCCGGGCAGACCUGCAGGCCCGAGACCUUCAACACCAGCAACGUCACCAAGCUGUGCCCCGACGCCCAGUGCCUGUUCGCCUUCUACGGCGGCGAGACCGCCUACCACAAGUACCUCAUCGUGCUGCAGUUCUUCAACGUCUUCAUGUUCUUCUGGCUCGCCAACUUCGUCAUCGCGCUGGGCCAGGUGACGCUGGCGGGCGCCUUCGCCUCCUACUACUGGGCCUUCAAGAAGCCCGACGACAUGCCGGCCUUCCCGCUCUUCUCCGCCUUCGGCCGCGCGCUCCGGUACCACACGGGCUCGCUGGCCUUCGGCUCGCUGAUCCUGGCCGUCGUCCAGGUGAUCAGGGUCGUCCUGGAGUACCUGGACCACCGGCUGAAAGCCGCCGAGAACAAGUUUGCCAAGUUCCUCCUGAGCUGCCUCAAGUGCUGCUUCUGGUGCCUGGAGAAAUUCAUCAAGUUCCUCAACAGGAACGCCUACAUCAUGAUCGCCAUCUACGGCACCAACUUCUGCACCUCGGCCCAGAACGCGUUCUUCCUGCUGAUGAGGAACAUCAUCAGGGUGGCCGUGUUGGAUAAAGUCACGGAUUUCCUCUUCUUCCUCGGCAAGCUCCUCAUCGUGGGAAGCGUGGGGAUCCUCGCCUUCUUCUUCUUCACCCAGCGGAUAAAGCUGGUCCAGGACACGGCGCCGCCGCUCAAUUACUACUGGGUCCCGAUUCUGACGGUGAUCGUGGGCUCCUACCUCAUUGCCCACGGGUUCUUCAGCGUCUACGGCAUGUGCGUGGACACCCUGUUCCUCUGCUUCUGUGAAGAUCUGGAGAGAAACGAUGGAUCUCCGGAGAGGCCUUACUACAUGUCCCCCGAGCUGAGCGAGAUCCUGCUGAAGGGGCACCUAGAGCCUUCCAAAAGCGCCGAUAGCCAAGGCUAGGCCGGGCUGGGCGGGACCCUCCCGGCCCCCCGGCCCCAGCAGCGGCUCCCGCGGUGUCCCCUGGAACUCCUCCGAGGGUGGCGGGCCCUCGGCGCUGUCCAAUCUGCCUUCCUGCCCAAAAACCCGCGUUCCUGCGCCGAGAGAACCCGCGCGGGGCUGGCUGGGGCUCCCGGCAGUGCCCGGCGGGGAGCGCGGCGCCCGGGAUGGCCGUGGCUUUGGGGCAGAGAUCCCCGCUCCCGAGGGAGGGCUGGCACGAGGGGCCCAGCGCGGGUCAGGGACAGGGCUGGGUGGGACGGGCCGAGCGGGUUCCGCCGCCCCAGACCGGGCUCGCGGCGUUUCCUCUGCGUCCGCUUCAGCCGAGAGCACUGAGACUUUCUUUGCCCUUUCCUCGCCCCUUUCCUCGCAGUUUUCUCACCCUUUUCCUCCUCCUGUCUCUAUGCAAACCACAGAGUUUUGAAGGAUUCUGGGCGAGGUUGCAGAGCUUUGCUGGUUUGGCCCAGCUUGUCCCUGUCCCCUGUCCCAGCCAUCGCAGGAGCUGUCACUGGGACUUGGUGGCUGCUGGACUUGGAGAUUUUCACUCCAGCCACGGGGGAAGUCAGGAUUUCUCCUCCAGAAAGCCCAGAAAUUAUCAAGAUUUAAGAAAAACAGCUCUUGUGGCUCAGCCUCAGCCACAGCUCCCAGCCGGGCCCUCCCAGGACAAAGCCCUGGUGUUGGUGCUCCCGUGUCCAUCCCAGAAGGAUCCAAAUCCCUCUCAAAACACCCCCUGGCGUUGUGAGCCGGGAGCUUUGUGGCUUUGUUUGGUUUUGGGGUGUUGUUUUUCCACGGCUGGGAUUUUCCAGCCUCGUUGGCGUGUCAGGAACGAGGGGAAUCGCUUUUCAAUGGCUCCAGAGCUGCUGGGAAGAGCCAAGGCCUCCAUCCUGCCCUUGGCUCUGUUCAAAAACACAAAACACCCAAAUUUCCUCUCCCUCCUCAACCUCUGCGGGCCACCCCCAGAUUUGCCGUGUCAGAGAGGGGAAAAACCCCACCAUUCAGUACGAGCCCAGAGGCUUUGUUUAAGCUGGCAACCGCUGUCAGAGGAUCCCGGGAGCCUCCAGCACACCAACCCCAGGCCUGCCCCCGCCGCGGGGCCGGGGGUUUCUCUUUGCAGUGGAAGACCUGGAGCGCAACGACGGCUCAGCGGAAAAGCCCUACUUCAUGUCCCAGGACCUGAGGAAGCUGCUCAAGAAGACCAACAAGGGCCAGCCCGACGCGUAGCGCCGCCUGUCCCGCGCGGAACCCGCCUCCGCGGACCCUGGACGCCCCUGGCAGCGCGGGUGGGCGGGUGAAAUUCACAUUUUUGAUGACUCGGCCUUAAACCCUCGCGCUGGUAACGAUGACGAGCUUGUCGCCGCCGACGAGGCGCAGGGCCCGGCGCCAGUGCCACUCCCGGGGUAAAAUCCCCCAAUUUCGGCGACUCCAGAGCGAGUUUAAUUGUGAGUUUGGUCCCAGUAAACCCUUCUGGGGUCGGCGCGGGGCGUCCACGCAGAUCUGGAGGGGCAGGAAUGAGCCGGGAGGUUCAGGCAGCUCCUCACGGGGCGUUCUCCUUGUGGCCCCCCUAAAUAUUGAAUUGUGUUUGUGCAUACCUGCCCGGAGAGCUGGCACGGGCUGGAAUCGCCUCCCAUCCCUCGCUGCCCUCUGUCGGCACCCCAGGGCCCCGUUCUGGGCCCUAAUUAAUUAAUUCUUUUAGGAAUAAGCUAAUUGUUGCUUCUGUAGCCAGUGCAAGGGGUGAAGGUGGAGGGGAACGAGGGGGCCGUGGGCACAGUUUGGGGCUUGAGGCUCUGUCCAGCUCUUGCACCUCUUGAGGAGCUGCAGCUCCCACAGGUUCCUCCCCGAAAUGUGCACCUGGUCCCCCCAAAUUUGUCAUUUUAGGGCAAACCCCCUCCCCAGCUCCCCAAAGGCUUCACCUGCAUAGGGGGAUUUGGGGUUUGGGACACCCACCCAGGGCGUGGGGAGGGGCUGUGGAUGGACCCGGGGGGGGGUUUUGGUGUCAUUCCAGGUGAUUUUGGCAAUCCCGGGGGCAUCCAACACCUGCCUCCAGCCAGGAGGGGGGAAAAAGGGUUUUUUUUGUGUGCGUGGAAAAGGGGUCAAUUAGCUCUAAAAUGUAAUUAACACUGACCCAAAGUGUAAUAGAAUUAACCCUCAGACCCAGCGCUGCCACCACCAGCAAUUGGGCUUUUUUAGGGCUUAUUUGUUCUGAAAAGGACUUUUAGAAGUGCUCUGAGGCUUUGGGGGACAAUUCCCCCCCCUCCAGUGCUCACCUGGCUCCAGGAGUUGCUGCUGAGGGAUCCCUUUGGCUUCCUUUUAUCCCAAUUCCCCGCCACCUUUGGGUUUUGUAUCAUCCAGGGGACGUUUCUAUGGAAUUAUCCAAUCCUUUGGGGGCUUUUGUAUAUUUUGCUUUUCCAGGAUGUUUUCAGUUAUGGUUAUUUGGAGCUUUUCCAGUGAAUUUUUGGGGGCACGUUUUAGUUUCUGUGACGCCACCGGGCAGAGCUUCCCUGUCUGUAAUUUCUCUAAUUUUUCUUUUUAAAAUUCCCCAAAUUUUCCCUUUUCCCCCUCGUUUUUUAGUGCAGCUGAUCAGGGGACAGAGGAGUGGAAGGGAAAAUGGAAGCCAAAAAACAAUGAAGGAAAAUGUAAAACUAGAAAGGUGAAGGGAAUGGCAGAACAAUGAAGGGAAAGGUAAAAACAAAGCUAAAAAUGUAACAGUAAAGCUCAACAGAAACGAUCAAAUGAAGCUAAAAAGAAGCAAAUCCUCCCUGUUUGGGAUGAGUGGGAAUAAUUCAGGGAAUAAUCACCAGACCUUGUUCCACUUACAGCCAUUCCAGCACGUGUCCUGCAGCUCCUGAUGCUCAUUCUGGAUUAAUUUGGUUUUUUUUUCCCUCCCUGUGCAGGUUUCAGGGUGGAUUUGGUUUUGUUUCUGCCCAGAAUGUUCGUGUUGGGGGCAAAUUCUCUCCCACUCCUCGAUUUUCAGCUGUUUUCCUCCCAAAUCCUGACCCUUUGGGUGUGGGAACCCUGUGGGAAGCAGCUGAGGAGUGGCAGGAACUGGGUUUAUUUGCUCAAAAAGGCAAAAACCAGCAGGAAUUUGGAAGGGUGGAAGGAAAAGUGGCGAAAGAGAGAAGAAAUUUGGAAAAAUGUGUUUGUGGGGAAGCCAGGCUGGCUCGGCUGCCUCCCAGCAGCACAGGAUUUGAGGAGAAUUAAGGAUUUUUAUUCCCAAUAAACCCAAGUGGCUUUUUAGAGGUGAUGGGGAGCAGUAAGGGAAAUAUUCCUGUAAAUUAGGAAAUUCACAGGAAUAUUUCUGAAGUCUCUUUGGAAAACUCAGAGCGAGGGCAGCUGUCUGGGGGAAUUUGGUGUCCAGAAAAGCUUCACUCCAAGGCUGGGUUCCUGCUUGCAGGCAAAGCUCCGUGUUCAAGGCGUUAAAUGAUGGAAUUUAGGAAUAAUGGCGCUUUUUACCCCCCUGUCUAGAAAUGUGGCUUCUGUCCCUACAAACCUGAUUGUUCUGCGGGCAAAGAAAACAACCCUAAAAUCCUAAACAAUGCUAAACCUGCAGGGCUGAUGUUUUACAGGAAAAUGCUCCUUUUUCACGUGUUUUUGAGGCAUUAAGGGUGCUGUGACACUCCGGAGUCUCUGCGCUGUUCCGUCAGUGUCGCGACCAACAAUAAAAAAGUGCCUGUUUGGA